AUGCUCAGACCAGCCAGCCAGACAAAGACCGCAAGUGCCCCGGCGGACGGUUCUAGACAGGCGGGACCGAGUCUCCUUCAGUUGGGCCCACUUUCAAAGCAGGGAGUCUCAUUCGCCGAGGAUGGAGUCCCAGGGCGCCCCCGGCGAGAUCCGGGUCCCUCCGCAUCGCCCCCGCCCUGCGCCCAGCGCGGAUCCUGCGAGCCCCUCCCGGGUCCCCCGCGCCGCAGGCCCGCGUCCCGCGCCUCCAGAUUCCAGUGCACCCAGGGACCGCCACUCCGUUCCGAGUGGACCCCGAAACCCCCGGUCCGCGCUCCCAGACGAACCCUAAUACCCACCCGGGUCCCGCCGCGGGGGCUGGACUCGCGCCGGCUCCAGGAGCCACCACCACCGCCGCCGCCACGGCCACCACCGCCGCUAGCGAGGCGCGGCGGGGAGGGGAUGUGGAGAGGCCCGGCCUUCGCUCCGCCUCCGUUCCGCCCCGGGACCCGCCCAGACCCGCGCAGCCCGGAACGUCGCGCCCAGUCUCCAUCCCCGGGGAGUCCCCGCGCGCCGGACGGCCCGACUCGGGGUUCCCUGCUGGCUGCAUCUGCUGGUCACGCUGCGUGCCGGGUACCCAAGACGCUACCCUGGAUGGGAGCUCUGCGCCCUCGGUCCUAG